AUGAACAUGCAUCUUCCUCAAAACGAGGUUGCCAGAGCUGAAGCAAAGGAAAUUGCUAACACGGAUUCGCAAUACCUUGUUCCAACCUCCGGCAAGCCGCUUCGCGGUUUGAUUCAGGAUCACUUGGUAAUGGGUGUUUGGCUCACGAAUCGGGAUACAAUGUUUACGAGGGAUGAGUACCAGCAAUUGCUCUACUCGUGUCUUUUGCCAGAGAGUAACGCUUUAUUCAAGGGUAGGAGUAGCCGGAUUAUCACACUGCCACCCUCGAUAAUGAAACCGAAUCGACUAUGGACCGGAAAGCAAGUCAUCACAACCAUUCUGGAGAAUAUAAAGCCGAAGUAUUUCCACGGAUUGACACUCUACUCAAAAUCGAGGACCCCCGGCGAUAGUUGGCAUCCAGGAUGUGAGGAGGGGCAGGUCAUAUUUCAUGAUGGUUACUUCGUGUCAGGUAUUCUGGACAAAAGCCAGCUGGGCCCUAGUGAGUUUGGGCUAAUACAUUCCCUCUAUGAGAUAUACGGUUCUACGGUUGCUGGAAGUAUGUUGAGUAUUUUGGGGAGGCUGUUGACCAAAUUCUUACACAUGAGGGCACAUACGUGCGGAAUGGAUGACCUUUUGCUCACUCCCGAUGGAGACGCUAAUCGUCGCAGUGUCCUCAAGGGGUCCAAGAGGGUCGGAAACGACCUAAGCGCAGAAUACGUUGGAUUAGAAAAGGACAGCGUCAACUCAACUGAACUUGCUGCGAGACUGGAAGAAGUCUUGAGGGAUGAGAAUAAGUCGCGGACGCUGGAUCUGAAGGCCAAUGCGCAAACUAAGAAUUUUACGUCGCAGGUUAUUGGGCAAUGCCUUCCAUCCGGCUUGCAAAAGCAUUUUCCGAGAAACAAUUUCCAAGCAAUGACUGUUUCCGGCGCGAAGGGUUCCGAUGUCAAUGCGAGCCAGAUUUCCUGCCUACUCGGACAGCAAGUCCUCGAGGGUAGGAGGGUUCCAGUAAUGGUUUCCGGAAAGACUCUGCCCUGUUUCAAGCCCUUUGAAACUGAUGUUAGAGCCGGAGGAUAUAUUACUGAUCGCUUCUUGACUGGCGUUAGACCUCAGGAGUAUUAUUUCCAUUGCAUGGCUGGAAGAGAAGGGCUGAUUGAUACCGCGGUCAAGACGAGUAGAUCUGGAUACUUGCAAAGGUGCUUAAUCAAAGGCAUGGAGGGCAUUCAGGUCCACUAUGACAAUACUGUGAGAGACAGUGAUGGAUCGCUAGUCCAGUUUCUGUAUGGCGAGGACGCUUUGGAUGUUUCAAAGCAAAAACAUUUGAAGCAAUUCAAGUUCUUGGCGCAGAACAUCAAUUCGGUUGUACGGAAAUUGGUCGAUGAUCUUGUUAAUGAGGAUUUGGGCCCAAGGAUACAGAGACUUAGUGAUCAGCUCAAUCUUGGUGUGGGUUCUGAGCAUAUGAAGAAGGCGAUGAAGAAAUACAAGAAAACCGGUAAUCUAGUAGCUUCGGAGGUUACAAUGUCACUGUACAGUCCUAGCCGGUUCCUCGGAAGUGUUUCAGAAAACUUUGCCUUGGCAAGGGAGAAGUACCUAACGGAAGACCCUGACGGAAUUAUUGUCAGCUCGAAGCGCAGUAAACACCUUGUGGGUAGUCAAAUGUCAAGAGGUCUUGACAAGAGCGAGUUCAGGCAUUUGAUGGCUCUCAAAUACCUGCGAUCCGUAAUUGAACCCGGAGAAGCUGUUGGUAUCAUUGCUGGACAAUCUAUUGGUGAGCCUUCGACACAGAUGACACUCAAUACUUUCCAUCUGGCCGGCCACGCUACCAAGAACGUUACAUUGGGUAUUCCGCGCCUGAGAGAAAUUGUCAUGACAGCUAGUGCUACCCUCGCAACUCCUAGCAUGAUCUUGACCCUCCGACCGGAGGUCUCAGAUCGCGACGCUAAGAUUUUCGCCAAACGGUGUAGUAAACUGCUGCUAUCCGAGGUCAUUGAUAACAUCUCAAUAAUAGAAAACCUAACAAAAACCUCCAAGGAGUACCUUCUCCGACUAGAAUUAUUCCCGGCUUCAGAUUACGAGGAGGAAUACUCCAUCACCAAGCGCCAAGUUCUCAACAUUCUCAAAAAGGUCUUCCUCGCUCAACUCGAGCGCGCAAUCAACAAGGUCUUAAACCCCAAGAAAGCAAAGAGCAAAGAGCGUAUAGGAAAAGACGACGCAAUGCCAAACAUAGGCGAGAGCUCUGGCACAAUUGAGGAAGCUCCAAGGUAUGCGCGGGCUGCUGCGGCCGAUGCUGAGGACGGGGAUGCCAACAGCGACGACGAAGGCGAGGACGACGCCACUAACGCCAAACAACGAAGCAGGAAAGCCGAAGCUGUCAGCUAUGAUAACCCAGACGACGAUGAAGAGGAAAUCUCCCGUCGCGCCCAAGCGUCUGAUAGCGAUAACGAAGGUGAAGACCAGACGGAUGAAGGACUAGGCACCGACAUAAACAUGCAGGAGGAUCGCAACCCGAUAGACAAGGCCAAGGGAGGUAAAAAGGCUACCAUCUCCCACGAUUGGAUCUCUGACAACAUCAAGAAAUUCGAAUUCGACAAGGAGGGUGGCCAGUGGUGUGAAGUGAAACUACAGUAUCCGGUUGAGGCGCCGAAGGUGCUCAUGUUACCUAUCGUCGAGAAAGUUUGUCGGGAAACUGUGAUUCACGAACUUAGUGGUAUCGGGUCGGUAGCAAAGUGUAAAUUGGCCGUGGAGGGUGUAAAUUUCAGCGCUUUUUGGAACGAACAGGAAUCGAUCGAUCCCAACACCUUGGAAACCAACGACAUCGCCGCGUUCCUCCGUGUCUAUGGAGUUGAAGCAGCAAGGGGUAACAUAAUUAAAGAAAUGAACGCCGUUUUUGGAGGUCACGGUAUUUCCGUCAAUAUCCGUCACCUGAACCUCAUCGCCGACACCAUGACCCGCGGCGGCGGCUUCACCCCCUUCAACCGUCAAGGCCUAAAGACCAGCGUGUCUCCAUUCUUGAAGAUGAGUUUUGAAACAACAUGCAAUUUCCUCACCGAAGCCGUGAGCGAAGGCGAUUUUGACUCUCUCACUAGCCCCAGCUCGAGAAUCGUGCUAGGAAAGUUAUCAGGGGUUGGGAGUGGGAGCUUUGAUGUGUUGGUUGGGGGCUUGCAGGGCCAGCUCGGGCAGACUCCGUUGUACUAGGGAGUUGACAAUAGUCGGGUCCACUUCCAAAAAAAGAUGCGGCAUUUAUAUGUGGACUAAACUAAUUUAGGAAAUGUGAGUGACAUCUGGUGAGUAUUUUUUGGUGUUGGUACAAAGUCGGGUCCAGUUUGGGAGUGGGGAGUUCCACAAGCAAUAUCUAAUAAGUACAAUUAGAAAAAGAAAGAAGUCUACAUCAAGUACAAA